CCUGUUUCUGUGAUUUGGACUUGAGGAACAGAAGAGAAAAACAGCUCAGGAUGGUUGGAACAGACUUCAACUGCAGGAGGGCUGUUGAGGGCUGCUGACCUUUGACCCCUGACCUUCAGACGGACCUCCUCUCCUCGCUGAGGGGCGGGGCUUGUGGAGGCCCGGGGUUGUCGCCAUAGCGAUGACCUCCUCCCUGCCAGGCGGAGGGAUGGGCUUGGUGCUGGUGGAGUUUGAGUACGAGUACCAGGGGCGGGACGGGGUGCUGGUGUCCAUCAAGCCCCACGAGCGCUACGUCCUGCUCAACAAGACCAACGACCACUGGUGGCAGGUGCGGCGGGACCAGCACGCCAAGCCCUUCUACAUCCCCGCCAAGUACGUCAAGGAGCUGCCGGCCGACUUCCCCUCGCCGCUCGACUUCACCGCUCCGCUGAGUCCCGACCCCGCGCCGGUGUCGGCCGCCACGCCGGUGCCCGUCCCCGUGCCCGUGCCCGUACCGAAACCCUCGGACCGCCUCGAGGAGCCCGGCGGCAGCAGGACCAAGUCUGGAGAUGAGGUGACGAUCCGGCUGCGGCCCGACGGCGCCGCCGGUUACCGCAAGACGGAGAACCGCAUGUCAACGUUUGGCGUGCCGCUGGAGUUCUAUGACCCGUCACCGCUGGCGACGGCAGGCCAGCGGCGUCCAAACGUUCCUGCCGGCGCUCCUCCAGACGCUGAACCUGCUGCUUCAACCAGCGAGGCCACAAACAUGGCCGACGGCGGCCUGAGCAAGAAGAGGCCCAGCCUCUCUGGGUCUCUGUUUGGCUCUUCUGCUAAACCUCAGGAAGACCAGAGGGAUUCUGGGAAACCUCGGGUCCCCAGCUUCAGCCCGGCGGACCCCCUCCCCACGCCCCGCCCCCACACCCAGCCCAUCCCCGUGGAGACGCCUGUGGUCCCCGUGAUCCCGCCUCCCGCUCCCCAAACCGACCUCAGCACCUCCUCCGGCCCCUCGCCGCCGCAGGAGGCGGAGCCUCCGACAGAGCAGGGGGAGGAGGAGGAGGAGGUGGCAGAGGAGGAGUCGAGUGUGGAGAGCGGGGUGGAGGAGGAGGAGGAGGAAGAGGAGGAGGAGGAGGAGAAGGGAAACUCUUCCCCGGAGGAAGACUCCAACCACAUCUACGAAUCCAUCCAGGACUUGAACCUGGACAUCGAGGCUCUGACCACCCCGCCCCAACCCUCACCGGCCCCGCCCCAACCCUCACCGGCCCCGCCCCCCGCACAGGAUCACAAAGCCGUUGAUGCUGACUCGCCCGUUUACGCCAACGUUCCCAACCUGAAGAAACCGUCGGUGCCGCAGCUCUCAGUCUCCGCCCCCUCUGGCCCCGCCCCCUCUCACCCAGACCCUGACCACAGCCCUCCAGACCACACCCCCUCGUCGUCGGUCUCUUCUUCUGGGUGUUUAAGCCCCGCCUCUCCUCUCAGCCCGCAGGACGGAUGGCAGGUCCACACUGACCGGGACACCGGGAAGGUCUUCUACUACCAUCCUGCGACCAGACAGACCACCUGGUCCGACCCCCGCAGCCCCCCGCCCCCCCUCUCUGGAGACAUGGACCAGUCCAGGGGGAGGGAGGGGCUCGUGGCCUCCCCCUCCCCCCUGCUGUCCCCCGCCUCCUCCCAGGGCUCCAGCGGCUGGGAGCAGCUGAUGGAUGAAACCUCAGGCAGACUGUAUUACUACAACCCCAGCUCAGGGGCCACGUCGUGGGCGGUGCCCGAGCCCUGCUCGCCCGAGGCCCGCUCGCCCGAGGCCCGCUCGCCCUCCUCGCCCGGCUACGGCCCGCCGCCCCUGCCCGAGGAAGACUACCCUGUGGACGAUCAGAACGACAGCGACGCUCCUGUCAGCCCGCAGCCUCAGCGUGGCGGUCUGAUCCCCAGAGCUCAGCUGAAUCCCGGCGCUCCGCCCGGCUGGAGCUGCAGCACCGACGCCGACGGCAAGAUGGUGUUCAGCUCCGCCCACUCACAGGAACAGUGGGUGAAGUCAGAGGACAGCAAAGGGAAACCCUAUUACUACCAGAGAGACGGACACAGGUCGCAGUGGAGGCUGCCAGAGCUCCCAGCAGUCCCCAGCAGCCUGCCGCCCCAGAGGCUCAUGGGUAAUGGAGUUGAUGAGGAAGGAGCGACGCUGCAGGUCAGGAACUGGAGACACAGCAUGGCCGACGAGAGGUUCAUUCCCGGUCACAGGAGAAACGUGUCUGACUCCAGCAACGGCAACUCACCUGAGAGCACACAUCCUGAUAGGUUCAGACUGAGGAGGAAUCUGUCCAAUCAGAGCACAGAGUCCCACCAGCUGCACAGCCAUCUGCUGGAGAAAGCAGGAAUCCUCAACAAGACCAAAGUAGCCGAUAACGGCAAGAGGAUCAGGAAGAACUGGGCUCCGUCCUGGACGGUUCUGCACGGAGGAAUCCUCACCUUCCACAAAGACCCCAAGUCUGCUCCCACUGGAACCUCUAGUAAAACCACGCAGAUUGUUCCAGAAUACACGGUGGACCUCAGGGGGUCGACGCUCAUCUGGGCCUCCAAGGACAAAUCCUCCAAGAAGAAUGUCCUGGAGCUGAAGACACGUCAGGGCUGUGAGUACCUGGUGCAGUACGACACGGAGAGCAUCAUCUGUGACUGGCACAAAGUCAUCCAGGACACCAUCAGACAGCUGGAGCAGGAGCACCUGUCCGAGGAGGAGGAGGAGGAGGCGUCCGACAAGGAGGACAAGGACAGGAAGAGGAGCGCGAGCAGGAGCGCGUCCGGUGCGGCGGACUCGGAUCAGGGUCGGGUUCGGACCAAACUGCGUAAGUUCCUGCAGAGGCGGCCGACGCUGCAGAGCGUGAAGGAGAAAGGCUACAUCAGAGACAACGUGUUCGGCUGCCACCUGGACACUCUGUGCCACCGAGAGAACAGCACCGUGCCGCGCUUUGUGGAGAAAUGCAUCAGAGCAGUGGAGAGGAGAGGUCUGGAUGUGGAUGGGAUCUACAGGGUGAGCGGUAACCUGGCUGUCAUCCAGAAACUUCGACACAAGGCCGACCACGAGGAGCAGCUGGACCUGGAGGACGGCCAGUGGGAGGAGAUCCACGUGGUCACCGGGGCUCUGAAGCUCUUCCUGCGGGAGCUUCCUGAGCCGCUCUUCCCCUUCAGCAGCUUCAGCAGCUUCAUCGCCGCCAUCCAGCUCCCAGACUACCAGCAGAGGGUUUCCUUCAUGAAGGAUCUGGUUCGCUCUCUUCCUCUGCCAAACCACGACACCAUGGAGCUGCUGUUCAGACACCUGCGCAAGGUGAUCGACCAUAAGGAGUCCAACAGGAUGUCUGUCCAGAGCGUUGCCAUAGUGUUCGGCCCCACAUUGCUCCGCCCCCAGACCGAGUCGGCCAACAUGACGGUCCACAUGGUGUACCAGAGCCAGAUCGUGGAGCUCAUCCUCAACGAGUUCCACACUGUGUUCCCCCAGAGAUAGAACCCCCUGGACUCCUCCUGGAACCUCCACUCCGGGGGGGGGGGGUUUAGGGGGCCUCGGAGAACCUUACAGCACUAGGGGAACGCAGUCCUGGAACCUCCGGGGUGUAAACCUGCCACUGCUGGGGAACGUCUCUGAGGAACCGCCGGGGAAAUUUACAAAAAAAGAUGAUGUCACCGAACUUUUUAGGACUCUGGAGCGAGACGUGGCCAGCAGGGGGCGCAACUCGAGGCCUGGGGCCUCCUGUUCAGUCACAGUCACAUGACCAUCAUGCCUUAACAGUAGGGAUCAACCAAUUAUCGAUCAAUAUCAGGGCCGAUGUUCUGAAAUUUUAAUCCUCAGGAUGGUAAUGCUGAUCUUCAUGACAGCUGAUAUGAAAAUCAGUCAGGCUCCGCCCCUCUGUCUGACAGGCAAUGCCCCUUCGCCUGACAGGCUCCGCCCCUCCGCCUGACAGGCUCCGCCUCUCUGUUUGACAGACAGCGUAACAAAGCGAGUGGGCGGGGCCGUGUGUUUCUCAUAAAGUGGCUCCAGUUUUA